CUGAAUAAAACGUGCUUGUGUUGCGCUCUUGUCUUGCCGUAAAUUUCCGGGCUUUGACAAACUUUUGCGGUGCUCGAUUGAAUCAAACAGAAGAAAAUAACUUGAAUACUUAAAACUCCUGAGCAAAACAAAAACCAGUAAAAGGUGUGAUCGUUGAUCAAUAUGCGGUGACCGUGAAAUUGUGAUCAAAAAUGUGAUAAUGUAAUUACCCGCUGUGGGUCAUUCCGGUGUUAGUUGCAUAGAAGUUACGCGAAAAGUAGGAGCUGAGCUCGCCAAUCGUACAGAAAUGGACGGAAAAAGUCAAAGCUCGUGAGAUUGUGCUGAUACGUUGAUAUUGUUGCAGUUAAGGCUUCACAUCGAAAUCGCAUUUGUGUUAAUUAAACGUUUGAAGGUAAAAGCAAACUGCCUGCACCGAUUGUAGUGACCUGUAGUGGAACCUUCAGAAGCAAAAUAUUGUGUGAGGAAUUAUUCAUCGGGUGCUGCUGCAGUUCAGGACCUUUACUCGGUGCGCAGUAAGGUGCAAUGGUAGACGCAGUGCGCGAUCCGAUAACCGAUCACUUCGGGCGUCAGUUAUUGCAUUGGAUCGUUGGCUAUUCGUCCGCCUGGUACUCCACGUUGAGUGGAUCGGAGUUUAUCGAUAAUUUUAAAAAGCUCGACGCCGGUGCAUCGAUCCUCGAGCAAGGCCUGAUCGCAGCUGGCGACGACGACAACGACGAUAGUGGUUUAUCUGACCGACAAAACGCAAGCGGCCGAUCUCGCGCUCGCGGCUGGCGGUUCAUUCGGCGGGACGAUCCGAUCGUCGAGUACGGACGGAGGAACUACGAGAAUCUGAUGCUGGUGGAUAUUAUGGAAAACUGCGAGGAAGGAAUACCAGUUGAAAUGUUCAACGUGCUUGCCCCGUUUCAUCAAAACAGUGCAGUAGGUGCCGCUAUCAGUGGUGGAGCAGCUGCCACCGGUGGUCUGAACGCUCCAGGAGGUCGAGGAGUGGAGAAUAUGCAAGUGACUCAACCCUGCAGUGCGCCAUCGUCGCCAACCAUUACCUCGCCCGGUGCUCUCAGCUCAACAUCAUUUUGUCUGCCUACUGGAAGCAGCAGCAGCACCACUAGCAGCAGUGGUGGUAGCUGUGUCAUUACUAGUACUACCGCGGCGGACACCGGCGAUCCAAACUGGCAAGCCACCAAAAGCACGGUUCGCGAGCGGAAUGCAGCCAUGUUCAACAACGAUCUGAUGGCGGACAUCCGCUUCAUCGUCGGAACCGAUGAACAGGUUCAAACUAUACCGGCUCACAAGUACGUACUAGCAACCGGAAGCUCUGUCUUCUACGCAAUGUUCUACGGUGGGUUGGCCGAGAAUAAGCAAGAGAUCAAUGUUCCUGACGUAGAACCGACUGCAUUUCUUACGCUGUUGAAAUACUUAUACUGUGAUGAAAUCCAUCUGGAAGCCGACAACGUGCUGGCCACGCUGUACGUCGCCAAAAAGUACAUUGUACCGCAUUUGGCUCGAGCUUGCGUUAACUUUCUGGAAACUAGUCUAACGGCAAAAAACGCCUGCCUGUUGCUCAGCCAGUCUCGUCUCUUCGAAGAACCGGAACUGAUGCAACGCUGCUGGGAAGUGAUCGACGCACAGGCGGAGAUGGCCAUCAAAUCUGAAGGCUUUGUCGACAUCGAUCUGAAAACGUUCGAAACCAUUUUGGCGCGGGAGACGCUUAACUGCAAGGAAAUUCACCUCUUCGAAGCCGCCCUAAGCUGGGCCCAAGCAGCCUGCAGCAAGAUCGACAUCGAGCCAACUUCGAACAACAAGCGCCAGGUGCUGGGCCAAGCGCUAUACCUAAUUCGGAUUCCGACUAUGUCGCUGGAGGAAUUUGCCAAUCGUGUGGCACAACUUGGCAUUCUGACCAACCAAGAGACAAUCGAUAUUUUUCUGAACUUUACCGCCAAGAAUAAACCCAAGCUGACAUUUCCGGUGAAGGCGCGGGCCGGUUUGAAGAGACAGGUGUGCCAUCGGUUCGCUUCCUGUGCUUAUCGGAGCAAUCAGUGGCGCUACCGUGGUCGCUGCGAUUCGAUUCAGUUUUCCGUGGACAAGCGAAUCUUCAUUGUCGGCUUUGGACUGUACGGAUCAUCAACGGGAGCAGCUGAUUACGACGUUAAGAUCGAACUGAAGCGGUUGGGUCGUGUCCUAGCGGAAAAUAGUACCAAGUUUUUCUCCGAUGGCUCUAGCAAUACUUUCCAUGUGUUUUUCGAGACCCCAAUUCAGAUCGAACCGGAGUGUUUCUAUACGGCAUCGGUUGUUCUGGAUGGGACGGAAUUGAGUUUCUUCGGGCAGGAAGGUAUGAGUGAGGUAUGCGUUGGCACGGUAACUUUCCAAUUUCAGUGCUCAUCGGAAAGCACCAACGGUACUGGCGUUCAGGGUGGCCAAAUACCGGAACUUAUUUUCUACGGUCCAAUGGGUGUUAGUAAUGGUCACGGCAGCGGAAUAAGCGGCAAUCAGAGCACCGUUCUGCCUGCAAGCAACAGUAACAACUCUAUCAAUAACAACAAACCGAACUCUUCGGCUUCGAGUAUUUCUUGUUCAGCGGUAAACAAUAACGCCACUAAUGCGAGCAGCUACUCGAAUGGCAGCACUGACAAUGGACCGAAUUUGCUCGCCAAUAGUACGUUGGCAACGGUGGCAUUGCUUAACAAUGAAAGUGACUGAGUUUGCCGAAAAAGGGGAGAAUUAGUCCGCGAACAAUUCCCAAACAAACGUGAUAUGAAUUGUGGAAAACCAUGAGGAUCUAAUCUUUGUUCAAAACAGAAAGUAUCUAUUUUUGGCAGAGAAAAUACUUAUUCAUACACAUAAAUGAAAUAAAUAUUCUUUUGAUAUAUGAUAAAGAGUAGUACUAUAGAAAUAGCAGCAGAAAUUGUUUGAAACUAGAGACAGUAAUACAUUUCUAUAUGAUUCACAAUUAGUUUGCUAUCUAUCGUAUUAUUUAAAAGGUUUGCUCAACUGUGAAUUGCCUAAUUUGAAAUUUGUGCAAACUGGAUAUUGAAAACUUAACUCAUAAUUUCUUACACGCUGUGGUACUGAAAAACAUUAGCAGUCAAAUCAUGUAGACAGUUUUAUGCUAUUAUAUUGGUUGGAUCUGAAAUUUCAUAUCCUUUUUAUCGGCAAACUUAACCUGUAUUAGGUCAUAUACAUUGAAGUUCUUUUUUUACAGCGAAAACCUGUAAUAUGCGUAGUUGUUUGGUAGGAAAUAGAAAGAAAAAUUACGGAUUACAAAAAAGCACUGAAGCUUGCAAAGUAUUAUAGAUAAACGCUCGUGCAGCAUUAAAAACAGACAAGCCGCAAACCCUGGCAGUAACAUACAUACAAGACCGAUUAUUCGAGCCAAAAGGACAGGGUCAUAAAUCAAAUAUUAAAGUGACGGUUUCCUUCUAGUAUGUAAGACGCAUAUUUAAACUAUAUCUUUUUCGCAAGCAAAAGUCACAACCAUAAAAGAAUGCGAAAACACAAAAUAGGUAAGUAUAUGAACGAACAAAGUUGGUAUCAUCCGGUUUGAAUUUAAGGAUCUAGAUUCGAAAAAAAAUUCCACGCUUAUGAACUAAACUUCCCAAUCUGUUAUAAGCUUAACUGAGUUACUUUAAAUGCCUUCUGCUUUCUUUUUUGGUUUUUUAAGUAUUUGUUCCACUUGGUAGCUGUAGUUGAAUUUAGCAAAGUUAAUUAUGAUGUAUAGAUAACUAGAAGUGCAAAACAAAACCUAAUCUAAACUUUAUACAAAAAGCAAACAAAAUAUUUCAAAUCAAAUAACAAGUUACAAUGAAUCUCAUCAUUACUUAUGCACUAUAAAUUAUACAAAACAAAUAUUAGGUCAACCGAAAGGUUUGAAAUGUUUGAA